UUAUCAUAAAUUAUUGUUAUUUAGUGUGUAGUUCUGUGUUCGUAUUAAUAAACAUACUGGAUUGUGUGAUCUGUGAUCGUGAAAAAUAAUUUGUUAUAUUCUGCGAUGAAUUCCAUGGACUUUUCUAAUAAAAAGGAAUCGACAUUGGUCAGUAAUAUAUUGGGAAUAAUAUUGACCAUAUUUUUUCCAAUCAAAAUGCUGUUAAGACUAUAUUCACUGUGCAUUUUAAUGGUUGAUAUUGGAUGGGUAUUGCUGAAUGCAAUCUGUGCAGUUUUACAAGCUGUCUAUGAAUUAUUUAGACCACCACCAUUAAAAUCUGUCCGGUUAGAAACUGCCUUGGUUAUUGGUGCAGGACGAGGGGUAGGCCGCGAAUUGUCCAUACAACUUGCAAGUUUGGGAGCAAUAGUAGUAUGUGUGGAUAAAAACAUUUCUUCUAAUGAGACUACAGUAGAACUUAUUAAAAAGAAAGGUGGUUCUGCCAUCAGCUAUAAAUGUGAUAUUACCAAAAGAGAAAAUGUUCAUACUUUAGCCACGCAGCUGAAGAAAGACCUAGGGUUUGUCAGUAUGUUGUUCUAUUGUUGUGGGAUUCCAAGCCCAAGGUCGUUAAUGACUCAGCCUCCACAGGACAUUCAUGAGACACUAGAUUUAACUCUCACAUCAUAUUUUUGGCUCAUUGAUCACUUCUUGCCUGAUAUGAAAGCCAAAAAUCAUGGGCAUAUUGUUGCUUUAACAUCUGUUGCUGGACUAAGCUACAUCAAAGAUCAGAUGCCACUAAGUGUUGCCCAGUUUGCAGUUCAAGGCCUUGCAGAAUCUCUUACAGAAGACCUAAGAGUAAACAAAAUAGAUGGAGUACAUGUGACACUCACACAUAUUUAUCCAUUUAUUGUCAGUGACGAAAGUGCUGAUAUAAGACUGAGAAUACCAAGUUAUUUUGGAACAAUUACUCCAAAUAAGGCAGCAACGUCAAUUCUCAACAGUGUGCGUCGGAACUACUUUGAAGCAUCUGUGCCAAAUCAUCUUUUGUACCUCGGUCACCUUCUGCGUAUCUUGCCUCGAAAGGCUACAGUCCUUAUCAGGGAUCUACUCGAUACUGGAGUGGACUUUGCAUAACGAAUUUCGUAAUCUACUUUAUCUUUUUAUUAUACUUUCGUCAUAAUCAAUGAUAAGUAAUGCAUUGAUUGUAUUAUAAUAGAAUAAGGAUAGUAGAGCACAAAAAAGUAUUUAUUUGUUAUAUUUUUAGAUUAUAUUUUAUGAUACAAUUUUUCAGUAAAAAAACUAUUUUAUUGUAGUAUAAUGAAUACAACAGUUCAGAUUUGCACCAAACCUUUAUAAGUAUCAAUUAUUAUAAUCUGUUAAAUAUGAACAAUUUCUUGAUAAUGAAUUUACAUGAUUAUACUGUUUUUUUGUGGCUCCACAAUUAUUCAUAAAAUUUAUAAGAUUGGAAUGUGAUAAAUAAUUAUUCGGUUAAUAAUUAUUACAAUGCAUAUAUUUUGCUCAAUUGGAAUUGGGGUGAAGACUUAAGGUAUAAGUUCCUUAGUAUUUUUCAAGGCACUGGAGAGACAUCCUAAGUGCUGUUUACAAUAAUUAUAAACUACUAACCUUUAAGAUAUAUUAUAUUACUAUUGGCUAAUUACCACUAUUGAAACUUUGUUAAAAUGCUAAUAUUUUUGAUAAAUAUAUACAUAAUUGGUGAUUAACUUUUAUAACAAUUUGGAAAGCCAAAGAAUUGUAGUAAAUACACAAUAAAGGUAUUUUUUCUAA